AUGUCGAACCGGGACUCUUUGGGCUACGGGGACCUCCUUCCGCAGGACGUGGUGGAUAUCUUCGCUCAGGAGAAACACAGCAAGAAGGGUCGCAAGCAGCACCACCGCUCCCUCGGCCGCGCUCUGGGCUGGCUCAAGGGGAGGAAGAGCAAGAAAGUGGGAGACAAGGCUCAAAACCCGGGGCUGGGACCUGCGUUUGACCUGGCCCUGGACGUUCGCUCCACUGGUCAUCAGGGUCCAUCCAAGGGGACGCUGAAGUCAGGGAAGCAGGGCCAGCAGCAAAGCAACAGUCACGCUGUCCCAAAGAGAGAUGACGACGAUGAUAAGAAGACCCCAGCCCCCCUUCUGCUCCAGGAGAAUGUGUUCAUUGAGGCCAGCAGACCCAAGUACCUGGAGGACCUUCACACUGAGGCGUUGGAAGGCCUCAAACUGAUGCAACAAGAAGAGCGAAAUCUUGGACCCGAGUGUCAAGACAAUGAAAGCACAAUAUCCACAGUGUCGGCCCGAGCAGAAGUGGACGGAGGGGGCUUCACCACCGACAGCACCCUCCCAGACACGUCCUCCAUGGUCUCAGUGCAGUCCUCUGUGUCGUCCCGGUCCUCGCGCUCUGGGCUCACACGCCAAGGGUCAACCUUCAGACCACUGAAGUCUGAAAAAAGCAGUAGAACACGAAGACGACACAGGCGCACCAUUGGAAGCAUCCCUCAACACCUUCAAAGAGAAUUCGGACUGGACCGAGCUGAGUGGGCCGUGAGUUCACAGUUGGAGGAGGAGAUGUUAAAUGGAUCUGGUGUACCACAGCUGGCUGUGCACUCACCACCAGAGACAAACACAGAGACCCUCCACCCUGCUCAUGUGGACGACAUGGCCCUGCUGCAGCGUGUGGGUAGUGUGCCAGCUGCAGGGGAGAGGCCCUGGUCUCUGGCUGUCCCAGGAAUGACUACUGCAAGCGGUCAAUCAGGACCCCCCAGCCCUGUGAUGUCCAUGUCCCCGCAGGCUGCGUAUCUGUCCAAAAUCAUCCCCAACGCAGUGCUGCCGCCCUCUAUAGAAGUUGUAGAGAUAAGUCGUGGAAGCAGCCGUAACAGCGUCCGCACUGUCAGCAAGAGCAGUUUGAUGAUGUCCAGUCCUCCCUCGUCCCGUGCUUCAUCCAGAGCAUCCACAACGCGGAGCACCUCAUCCAGGUCCUCCGCGAUGUCCUCUGUGUCCCGCCAGAGGCACUUCCAACUGUCAGACAGCUCCUGCUGGAGUAACUCAGACUCCGACACCUUAGUGUCUGAUUCCUCCACUAUUUCAAGCAGCAGCACCCCGCGGCAGUCAGAGGCUCAGGAGAAACACAGCCCCAAAAAACAAAACAAAGGCAGUGGUCACACAAAUGCAUCUAAAGCCGUGUCCAAUGGUACAACAACUGUCAAGGGAGAAGACUCAAAGAAAGAUGGAGCUUUUGUGCGCAGCCUGUCUGUCAUGAAGUCUAAAAGAGCUCCUCCACCUCCAAGUCGCUCUUAUUCUCUCCACAAUAAAAUGAAGAGACAAGACGAAACAGUCCAAGCAUCAACAGAAACGCCGCAGAAACCUGUCAGGAAAUCGCUCAUCAUCAGCUCGCCGCCAUCUCCUCCUGCAACAACAGCCACAUCGCCAACUCUGUCCAAAGCCACAGCUACCGCCACCAAGACUCAUACGGCGAUGGCGCCUUCCAUGAAUCUUCAGGAGGCGAUUCGCUUGAGGACAGCAGCACGGUCGCACAACGGGCCAUCGUCACGGCUCAGCAUCCACUCGCCGCCAGGUUUUGAUGUCCGCAAGUCUCCUACUAGCACCGCCAGCUUUAUCUUCUCCAAAAGCAACAAGAAGGUAGUGAUUGAGACCAGGUCAGAGGCCAAGAUGGACAAGCACAACGCAGAUAUGCCGACGACAAAGGCGGAUCUGACCGCAAAGAAAGAACUCAAAAAUGCUUUAAAAGAUGAUGCAAGAAACCAAAUGGGCUGCAGGGACUGCUGA